CUUCCCCCUCCCCCCCUCUCUCCAAAAGCUCUCGUCUUCGGAGCUUGUCUCUCUACAUCUCUCUCUUCUCCGACAAAAUCCUCUCAGCUUUAUCUCGCCACAUAGAAUGGCUGUCGGCGAUUCCGUGCUCUCGUCGCCGCUGGGGCCGCCGGCAUGCCAGAAAGACGCGAAGGCCCUGCGGUUCAUCGAGGAGAUGACCCGGAACGCCGACGCUGUUCAGGAGAGGGUCUUGGCCGAGAUCUUGAGCCGGAACGCUGAGACCGAGUUCCUGAGGAGGUACGAGCUCGGCGGCGCGACCGACCGGGAGACCUUCAAAUCCAGGCUGCCCAUGGUCACCUACGAGGACCUCCAGCCCGAAAUCCAGCGCAUUGCCAACGGGGACCGCUCCCCUAUCCUAUCCGCCCACCCCAUCUCUGAGUUCCUCACAAGUUCUGGGACUUCAGCUGGAGAGAGGAAGCUGAUGCCGACGAUUCAAGAAGAGCUAGAUCGUCGCCAAUUACUUUAUAGCCUUCUCAUGCCGGUGAUGAACCUUUAUGUGCCUGGGCUGGACAAGGGGAAGGGCCUCUACUUCCUGUUCGUCAAGUCGGAGACCCGGACCCCAGGCGGGCUCUUGGCCCGGCCCGUCUUGACCAGCUACUACAAGAGCGACCACUUCAAGACCCGCCCCUACGACCCCUACAUGGUCUACACCAGCCCCAACGAGGCCAUCCUCUGCGCCGAUUCCUACCAGAGCAUGUACACCCAGAUGGUGUGCGGCCUCGUCGAGCGCGCCCAGGUGCUCCGCCUCGGCGCGGUGUUCGCAUCUGGCCUGCUCCGGGCCAUCAGGUUCCUGCAGCUCAACUGGCAGCAGUUGGCCGAGGAUAUAAGGACCGGCUCGCUCAACCCCAAGGUCGCCGACCUGGAGAUUCGGGACUGUAUCGGUCGGAUUCUCAAGCCGGACCCUGCACUCGCCGAGCUUAUUGUUAAGGAGUGUUCCCAUGACAAUUGGGAAGGCAUAAUCACUCGAAUUUGGCCCAAUACGAAAUACUUGGACGUGAUCGUUACCGGCGCGAUGGCUCAGUACAUCCCAACCCUUGAUUAUUACAGCGGUGGCUUGCCCUUGGCGUGCACCAUGUACGCCUCCUCCGAGUGCUAUUUCGGGCUCAACCUUAACCCGAUGUGCAAGCCAUCUGAGGUGUCGUACACCAUCAUGCCGAACAUGGCCUACUUCGAGUUCUUGCCCCACGAGCCCAACUCGCUCGAGUUGACCCGUGGCUCGCCCCCUAAGCUCGUCGACCUGGCGGACGUCGAGGUCGGCAAGGAGUACGAGCUCGUGAUCACCACCUAUGCCGGACUCUGCAGGUACCGCGUCGGGGACAUACUCCGCGUGACCGGGUUCCACAACUCGGCCCCACAAUUCCACUUCGUGAGGCGGAAGAACGUCUUGCUCAGCAUCGACUCGGACAAGACUGACGAGGCCGAGCUCCAGAAGGCUGUGGAGAACGCUUCCGAGCUCCUCCGCGAGUUCAACACGAGCGUGGUCGAGUACACGAGCUACGCGGACACCAAAACCAUCCCGGGCCACUACGUGAUCUACUGGGAACUGCUGAUCAAGGACCUGGCCGACUCCCCCAGCGGCGACGCGCUGAACAAGUGCUGCCUGGCGAUGGAGGAGUCGAUGAACUCGGUGUACCGGCAGUGCCGGGUCGCGGACAACUCGAUCGGGCCGCUGGAGAUCCGCGUGGUCAAGAACGGCACGUUCGAAGAGCUAAUGGACUACGCGAUCUCGCGUGGCGCGUCGAUCAACCAGUACAAAGUGCCGAGGUGCGUGAGCUAUAAACCGAUCAUGGAGCUACUAGACUCGAGGGUGGUCUCGUCGCAUUUCAGCCCGGCGCGGCCGCAUUGGACCCCGGAGAGGAGAAGGUAGGCUUCCACGAUCAUCACCGACCUAAAAAAACAAAGUCAACGAUGGACUGGCCAAACAGAUCUUCAAUUAAAUAUCUUGUUUCUUUUUUUUUUUUUCCUUUUCUUUUGUUAAUGUGUAUGUUGUAGUUCCUUGUGGAAACCUUUAACAAGAAAGCUGUACGUUGACUAUGACUAGGACGGUUCGGGGCGGGUCAGGGUUCUUGCAAUGGGUUCAAUUAACCUGUGGCAAACCAGAUGUGACCACUCCAGAUGAUGUUUUUGGUCCCUAGUGGAAUGUUUCUUGCUUGACGUAAUUGGGACAUGUGGAAAUUCUGUUCAA